AAUAUUGGAAACAGAAGAGAACACAUCAAAACAACGACCAAUCCCCAGCCAGGCUUCCUGGAGCGACUUAGUGAGACCUCAGGUGGAAUGUUUGUGGGGCUCAUGACUUUCCUGCUCUCCUUCUACAUAAUUUUCACCAAUGAGGGCCGCACAUUGAAGACGGUGAACUCUCUGGCUGAAGGACUUUCUCUUGUAGUCUCCCCAGACAGUAUCCACACUGUGGCUCCAGAGAACGAGGGAAGGCUGGUGCAUAUCAUUGGGGCCUUGCGGACAUCCAAGCUCUUGUCUGAUCCAAACUACGGGGUGAACAUUCCAGCUGUGAAACUGCAGCGGCAUGUGGAGAUGUACCAAUGGGUUGAAGCAGAAGAGUCCAGAGAGUACACCGAGGAUGGGCAGGUGAAGACAGAGACGAGGUACUCCUAUAGUACUGAAUGGCGAUCAGAAAUUGUCAACAGCAAAAACUUUGACCGAGAGAUUGGUCACAAAAACCCCAGUGCAAUGGCAGUGGAGUCAUUCAUGGCCACAGCUCCGUUUGUCCAGAUUGGCAGGUUUUUCCUCUCUGCAGGUCUCAUUGACAAAGUCGAUAACUUCAAGCCGCUGAGCCUCUCCAAGCUGGAGGACCCUCAUGUGGACAUUAUUCGCCGGGGAGACUUUUUCUACCACAGCGAGAACCCUAAGUAUCCAGAGGUGGGAGACCUACGAGUCUCUUUUUCUUACGCGGGACUGAGUGGGGAUGACCCUGACCUGGGCCCUGCUAAUGUGGUCACUGUGGUGGCCCGGCAACGUGGUGACCAGCUAGUCCCAUACUCCACCAAGUCUGGGGACACCUUGCUUCUUCUGCACCAUGGGGACUUCUCAGCCGAGGAAGUAUUUCACAAAGAACUAAAGAGUAACUCCAUGAAGACAUGGGGACUGCGGGCCACUGGCUGGAUGGCCAUGUUUAUGGGCCUCAACCUCAUGACCAGGAUCUUGUAUACCCUGGUGGACUGGUUUCCUGUCUUCCGAGACCUGGUAAACAUUGGCCUGAAAACCUUUGCUUUCUGUGUGGCCACCUCACUGACCUUGCUGACUGUGGCUGCUGGCUGGCUCUUCUACCGGCCCCUGUGGGCCCUCUUCAUUGGAUGUCUAGCAUCAGUACCCAUCAUCAUUGCUCGGACACGGGUGACAACCAAAAAGCUGGAGUGAAACAGGCCCUGGCAUAUGCCAGAC